ACCAAGCUUGCUUUAGGAGUGUCGUAACAGCCUGCAGACUCAGAUUAUUUCCUGGUUGAAGUCAGACACUUUUAGCCGACAAAUUGGAAGAACUAAGCAGGUCUGAAAUGAACAGCUCAGAUCAGGACGAGAAAAGAUUUGACCCCCUCGACACAACACUGAGCUUUGUGGACAGACCUGAUGACCUGGACCCUCCAUUCAGUGAUGAUGAUGAAGACCAGGGUCUUAGAGCUGAAAUGUCCUGCGGUCACGCUGUCACUCCACAAUCUCUGACUGGCUGGUGUCGCAGCCUGCUGGAUCAGGGUCAAUACAAGUUCAAGUGUCCUGCUAUAGACGAAGACACCCAUGAGAUAUGUGGUGCUGUGUGGCCGUAUCGAGAGGUGCGUCGCCUGGCGGACCUGAGCGUUGAAGAAAUGGAACACUUUGAGGAGACCAUCGCUCGCCUGGCUGCUGCAGAGUACCAGGAGUUUAGAGAAUGCCCUGGGUGUAAGAGCUACGUUGAAAGAAAGGACCUGACUAAUCUCUGCGUUCAGUGCUUAGUUUGCGUUGCAGACCAGAAGAAACAGGUCCAGUUCUGCUGGCAGUGCUUGAAGCCGUGGAAAGGUCCGGCUCCACGCUCCAAUCGCUGUGACAAUGAUGACUGUAAAAAUCACGACCUGGAGCUGCUCAGGACCUGCAAGACCACCUCCUUCCCUGAGGUCCCGGGGGUCGAGAACUGUCCCUCCAUCCGGGCCUGUCCCACCUGUGGACAGAGAGUGGAGCACGACAAGACAGGCUGCAAGAACAUCACCUGUCCUCGCUGCCAGGUGGAGUUCUGCUUCGUGUGUCUGAAGCUGACUCCUGAGUGUCUAAAGACCAGUACUCACUUUAGGCCUUGCAGUGCUGGUAUGGCUCCCAGACAGACAGCCAUACCUGUGUGGCACAGGAAGUGAAACAGAUGCUUCCUGUUGAGCUCUUUAUACUGAAACCUAGAUGAAAUAAUCUCAAAAAUGUUGCAGUUCCUUUUGUCCAUGUUCAUCAACUGUGAAACUUCUUUAAUCUGUUAAGCAUCAAAUGAUAUCUGCAACAUUUUUAUUAUCAUGUUAUAUUUGACGUUGACAAUAAUUUC